AUGGAAGACUUUCCUGGAACAGCGCUGUAUUCUUUUGGGUCAUAUUGGAGAAGCAGUCAAAGGAUCAAAGAAAGGCCCGUGCAGUCGACCUGAAAGCAAAAUGGAAGUCUGCAGAGGAGAUGAUAGAUUACCUGGGGUUUUAUUACAAACCUUCUGCUAUUCUCUUUUGUGGUUAUCACAGUUUUCCAGAGGAAGUGGUAGUCGCUGUGAGAGGACAGAGAAGGGCAAUGAAGGAAACCAGGAUAUAGAAAGUAUGAGCUAUGAAGAUUGA